AUGUCCUCCAUUGACGAUAGCGAAACAGAACUGCAUCGAUUAGUGCAGCAAACUUUAUCGGAAAACCGGUCUUCCGUCGAAAUAAUCGACGCUGUUCGCGAAAAUAGUGCAUCAAAUGGAAUACAAAAUGAGAACGGUUUAACUCCUGUCGAGCUCGCUCUAAAGUUGGAUCCUGCGGGUACUUUAGCUAAAGCUAUGAUUCAAGCGGAAUGUGAAAACCUAUCGCCGGUCGAAAGCCUCAAAAGGGUGAUGGUCAGAGGAAAUUUCCAACUGGUGCAGAUCCUUAUGAAAUUCAAAAGAUCCCAGCAUAGCGAAGCGGCAGUUUUAACAGCUUUAGAGCAUGCCUACGCUGAGUUGCGAACGCGUAACGUUGCCCUUUCACCGGAAAUUGUUCACGGGGUUCAAUACUUGCUGGUUGAAGCGGAUUACAAGUGUUUCGGUGCGGCUAAAAUCAACCGAGAGGAGAAAACCGACAGGGUGGCACACUUGAUAGAGUGUAUUGAAUUCCUAGAAAUGAAUUAUCGUAAUAGUGAUUACUGUACCAUCGAUGAGCAUUUCAUACUGUAUUUGCGACAAAUAUUGGAGCACGUGUACUUCUUGAAACCCCACCUCGUUGGGAUACCACUGAUGGAGCUGCAAUUUUGUUUGGCGAUAUUUUUACGGAUCGCCACUGGAGAGGUUAAUGAAAGUCAUGACAUCUACGGAUUUAUGCUGGAUAAAGAUAGUAUCCAAAAUUUUUUAAAGAUACUGCAAACAGUUCUAACGGAUAUGGAUACUCCUAAAAAAAUUGAUUCUAUUGUCCUUUAUAAGUACCUGAGAACUCGUCAAAACUCUUUUCGGCUGCCGAAAAGGAUUCUUUAUGACAUCGGUUCCAACAAACAGCUCCCUACAUUCGGUAAUGUCGAACAGUACGAACUUCUUAGUCAAACGCAAAUAGCACUUCUAAAUGAGUAUUGCGAGGUACUGAACAAACAAUACGUAACUUACAAGCAUCGCAAAAAGUUCAAACAGCUGCUCAAAACCUACUACACAACGAAACAGUUCUAUUCGAUUCACAAAAUUAUUCGCAGUAUUGAGAUUAUCGAGCAUUUGGACUUGGAUGAUUCCUCAUCGCGAUUUAUUUCAAUUGCAGCACUAAAACGAUCCCUGCAAGUAAUAGGAGAAGCAAUUAAAAGUACCAAACAAACGCCAAACAUAACGAAAAAAUUAGACUCCAUUCUGAGUAUAUUUUCUGCACAGUCUUUCGUCGAGACGACCAAGGAUCUCCGGCAGUUCUUCAGCCAUAGUUAUUCACUGGUAAAGCAACGAUUCGAUCAAGACUGUCCCGUAGAUUUAUUUCGAUCGAUUCUAAAAAACCUUGAACUCUCCGCUAAUUGGUUAGCUUAUGUUAAAUUUCUACAAUACGUUCACGUAUUUAAGCGAUACCUUGGCAGACUGUACCGAAUGAAAUCCAUCCAGCAGAUGCGAUCGUACGUGGAGUUCGUUGGGACCGAGUUCAAAGCUAAGCUGCAGACAACUUACGAGCCUGUCGAUAUGAAUGAAGCCAUAAGACUAAUUCAACAUUUAAUUGACCGGGAGCCUGCCGACUCCCAAGAUAUGAAAACUUUGAAGAUCAUCAACCGGAUGCUUGUGACAUACAGGAAUUCCAUACGGAAUGAUGUAACCUCAGUCUGUCAGUUGAUCGAUCAGUUUUUCUUUCUGGAGUGGUACAUCCGCCAGGAUGAAGCGCGGAUUGCACGAGUAUGGACGAUCGUAAAGUAUAUGCUUGAUGCGAGCAAACGACAUCAGCGACAUCGAAGCGUAGAUAAGUCGACCAUACGGAUGGCUCCGAAUAUUAUACUGCAGAUGCGAAUGCGGGAAGCUGAUCCGCACAGGAAAAUGAUCUUGGAUGAAAUAUGGCAACGAUUGGUGAAGCAAAAUAUUGCUGCAAUUGAAUCGCUGGAGAAGCAAACGGCCACUCAGGACAGCUACGCUGUGGAUGAAACUAUACGGAUCCUUGCCGCGCUAGGAGUUAGGACAACCGAUCAGGAGUUUGUUAAAAUGGUUUCACGCAGGUUGAAUAAUAAAUAUUUUCACAAUCUGUUUCGUUUGGCCGACAAGUAUGAGGUGUUGAGUGAAGUCGUUAAAGAUCGGCGAGUGAAAGAUCAAGUGAGACAAGUGUCACUCAAUUUGGAGUGUAUGAGAAAGAACGACGAAAUUCAUUACCAAGAAAUGUUUGAUCAAAUGAUUGGUUGCAUCAGAAAUAUUCUAUUGAAAUAUGGCGACUGUGACAAAUUUGAUAUUAAAACUCAGCUUUCCCCCAUUGACAGUUCCGCCCUGGAAUUCUAUCUGUUGCAGGUCACCGAAGUUCUGUGCAGUUUGGGUGUACUUAAACUGAACAUAGACUCCUUGAAAGCGAUCGUCCCGGUCGUUACCAGUCGUAAUUUGAGAAAUUAUCUGGCCCAUGAUCCAUUGUCAUACGACACACUGGCAGACUCAUGUUCAACAGUAAAAAUCAAUGCAACAUACUUUGCACGAAACAAUAUCUUCCAUUUGUACCAAAAAUCCCACCAUUUAAAACAGCGAAAAACUAGCCCGUUUUUAACCUCCUUUCAGCGUAAGUUAGCGUGGAUCAAUGCUCAAAACAAGUUUUUCACUGCAUUAGAAACCUUCGAUGUUGAAACAAUAGAAAAGCUAACUGCGGAGGACGCCGUCAACAUUCGCGGUAGAAACAUUCUGAACAAGGAUCCAAUUUCUAUCGCCCUGAAUAGCAAUCCAGCCGAAUUCAUUCAUCAAUUAUUACAUUCUGCCGGUGCCGAAAAGAGCAUAUUUAAGACGUUCCUCAAAUUGCCAAUCAAUCUUGUGUUGAAACAACAAAUCAGACAGUUACUGCCAAAUCCGUUUCGCUUCUGUUACGGCACAGCAGUACGCUUUAAAUUAAUUGAUCAGUUAACCGCAUUGAAAACACAUCCGGACGUUAAUGGAAAUCUUACCGACCAACAGUCGGAACUCAUGCUGAGCACCUAUAAUACUGAGUCCUUUCGACGUCUCCUGCUGGAACAUCCGAUCGAGUGGCUGUCACAAAGUGCUCGUCUGAAAAAUACCCUUCUUCAUUGGGCAGUUCUUCGAGGUGAUCAAACUAUGGUUGAACAUUUACUCAUCCAUCAGAACGAAUCAGUGAAUAAGCUAAACGUCUUCCGUGAAACACCGCUUGGCUUAGCGGUUCGUUAUGGAUACUACGACAUAGUUCGACUGUUAGUCGCCAACGGAGCGGAUGUAAACUUUGGCCUAUGGCCUCCCGUGUGGGUCGCAUCCGGUUUAGGUGACCUAGAACUGAUACCGUUGCUUGUAAACGAACAAACAAACAAAUGUUCCGUGUUUUUUAAUCCGCUAAUGGCAGCUGUAGAAAACAACCAUUUCCCAGUGUUCAAACAUCUCUGCGAGGAAUUACAGUUUAGCUUGAAAACGGAUUAUCUACUUCAGCGAACGUUGAAUUUAAACCGAAAGGAUUUUUUCCAGUACAUUUUACAAUCUGAGCAUGCCGAAGCUCUCAUUAAUUCACCGGAUGCUGUUGAAUUUUCGCCACUGAUGGUAGCUGCUGUCUGUGGUCGAACGGAGCUGUUCCGUCAGCUCCUACGAAACGGAGCCAAUCCUAGCUAUGAAAGUCUAUCAAAAUAUACGCCAAUCCACUAUGCUGUUUACGGAGGAAAUCGCGAUAUCGUAUUGGAGCUUCUGCAGCAACCAGGAGUCGAUAUCAACGCCACAGCGGAAGAUUCUGUUACUCCAAUCGGUGUUGCCAUCUCCGAAAACAACAUGAAUAUGAUCGAGCUCAUGCUCGCUAAGAAUGCCCAAGUUAGGUCGCAGGAGAUUCUCCAAGCAGGAGUCUUCCACCACUAUCACAUAGUUCGCUAUCUUAUCGAUCGUGACGACAGGUUGAUAAAUGAUAGUUUCGAUAUCGCUCGUCGAAAUCUUCUAAUGUACGCCAUCAUAGACGGUGAAAUGUCUACCGUCGAAUAUCUUAUCGGAAAAGGGAUCAACGUAAAUGCGCGAGCGAUUGGAGGACUCACGGCUUUGCAUAUUGCUGCAGGUAAAAAUGAAACCACCCUCUGCGAGCGUUUGAUAGAAUCCGGCGCCGAGCUGGAUGCGAAGGACGAUGAAGGUCGAACAGCUCUGGUGAUUGCCCUGGAACAUGAAUAUGUAACAGUGGUUGAACUAUUUCUGGAUCGUGGAGCAGAAGCGGAAUUGGUGAGAGGCUUUCGUUACCGUGUGUCCAACAAUGCAAGCUUACUGCACAAAUUUGCUCUGGAAAAUCGAAUCACUAUGGUUCGGCUUCUGCUAGAUCGGUUCCAUUUCGAUGUAUCGCUGGAAGACGAUAAUGGCGAAAGUGCACUGGAUUAUGCAACCAAACAAGGUAACGAUGCUAUCGUAGCACUGCUUAAGACAGAUCCAGUCCUGACACGAGUUAAUUGA